GACGUAUUGUCAAUGUCAAUUGUCAAUAAUGUCAAUUUGUCUUGUCAACGAGAACGAUCGAUUUGCUUUCCAGAAUUUUUGACCUAUUAUAGAAGUUUCUAUUUUUAGUUAAGAAUUUGAGUUUUAAAAUAAUGGCUAUUUUACAUAGAGCUCUAUUUACGUGGUUUAUUUUCCUAGUAUUUUUAAUAUUACUAUGUCUGAGACUAGAAUCGAGGACUCAUUGGAAUUGGUUUAUUGUUUUCAUACCAAUGUGGGUUUAUGAUAGUAUUUUAUUAAUAUACGUAUUAUUUCAUAUGAUCUCACACUGUAGGAACGGUAUAGAAAGAUUUAGAGGGACUAUAAACAAAAAUGUGUGGUAUAUAGCUGCAAUAGGUUUAAAAAUGGCUGCACAAAUUAUCAUAUGCAUCAAAUUAGAAUACACCAGAGUAAACCUGCCAAUAUACGUUGUUAUGACUCCUAUUUGGAUGUUACUACCGGUGCUUUGUGUCGAAGUUUUCAUGCAUUUAAUAAAACAUUCAAGUGGAAGCAGUAGAUACUAAAAUGUGUACCUAUAAACUAUGAAAACACUAGUUUUCUGCUAUUUUGGACUAUAUUAACUCAACUGAAGGUGAAGCAUGUGACAAGGAGUGAUGUAGAUAAUUUUAAACUUGGCACACAUUCAUUGAGAC